CCAAAAUUAAGCAGAGCCAGGCUACAAGUUUAUUUCCCCUGUCCACCUUAUAGGGGAGGAUAGCGAUGGGUGGGGCAUUUCUUUCAGAUUAGAAUAGAGAAGUGUUACAUGGUGGCACUUCUCGGAUGUGGAAUCAUGAGAGUUGGGAAAGAUCUGACUCCUAGAGUCUUUGGGCCGCGCCCCAGUAUAGAGCCAGAAACCCAGGUUGAAAACGUUCUUAACCUGACUCCUAGGGGUUUGGCAGGGCCGGUCAGAAGGCUCCCGUCGUCCAUUUCGAGACACAAGGAAGGCCGGAUUCCUACACGAGGCCUGCUGGGAAGUGUAGUUCGUUAGUGGAAGGAAGUCACAUGGAAGAGGGGCGGUACUUGGUUGUGGGCAGUGGGUUAGAGAUAUCACGUGGGGGCACUUCCGUCUUAGCUUUUGGCCAAGACGCACGCGCAACCCACGGCUGCUGCGGGGAUCCUUGUGGCCUUUCCGGUCGGUGGAACCAAUCCGUGCACAGAGAAGCGAGGCGAACUGAGGCGAGUGAAGUGGACUCUGAGGUCUACCUCUACCGCCACUGCUGCGGCAGGGGCGUGGAGGGAAGAGGGCCGCGGAGGUCGCAGUUGCAAACAUGGCACAGAGCAGAGACGGCGGAAACCCGUUCGCCGAGCCCAGCGAGCUUGACAACCCCUUUCAGGACCCAGCUGUGAUCCAGCACCGACCCAGCCGGCAGUAUGCCACUCUUGACGUCUACAACCCUUUUGAGACCCGGGAGCCACCACCAGCCUAUGAGGCUCCAGCCCCUGCCCCAUUGCCUCCACCCUCAGCUCCCUCCUUGCAGCCCUCGAGAAAGCUCAGCCCCACAGAACCUAAGAACUAUGGCUCCUACAGCACUCAGGCCUCAGCUGCAGCAGCUACAGCUGAGCUGCUAAAGAAACAGGAGGAGCUCAACCGGAAGGCAGAGGAGUUGGACCGAAGGGAGCGAGAGCUGCAGCAUGCUGCCCUGGGAGGCACAGCUACUCGACAGAACAAUUGGCCCCCUCUACCUUCUUUUUGUCCAGUUCAGCCCUGCUUUUUCCAGGACAUCUCCAUGGAGAUCCCCCAAGAAUUUCAGAAGACUGUAUCUACCAUGUACUACCUCUGGAUGUGCAGCACGCUGGCUCUUCUCCUGAACUUCCUCGCCUGCCUGGCCAGCUUCUGUGUGGAAACCAACAAUGGCGCAGGCUUUGGGCUUUCUAUCCUCUGGGUCCUCCUUUUCACGCCCUGCUCCUUUGUCUGCUGGUACCGCCCCAUGUAUAAGGCUUUCCGGAGUGACAGUUCAUUCAAUUUCUUCGUUUUCUUCUUCAUUUUCUUCGUCCAGGAUGUGCUCUUUGUCCUCCAGGCCAUUGGUAUCCCAGGUUGGGGAUUCAGUGGCUGGAUCUCCGCUCUGGUGGUGCUGAAGGCCAACACAGCAGUAGCCGUGCUCAUGCUGCUGGUCGCCCUGCUCUUCACUGGCAUUGCUGUGCUGGGAAUUGUCAUGCUGAAACGGAUCCACUCCUUAUACCGCCGCACAGGUGCCAGCUUUCAGAAGGCCCAGCAAGAAUUUGCUGCUGGUGUCUUCUCCAACCCUGCGGUGCGAACCGCAGCUGCCAAUGCAGCCGCUGGGGCUGCUGAAAAUGCCUUCCGGGCCCCGUGACCCCUGACUGGGAUGCCCUCGCCCUGCCACUUGAGGGAGCUGACUUAGCUCCCGUCCCUAAGGUCUCUGGGACUUGGAGAGACAUCAGUACCUGAUGGCUCCUCCGUAGUGCUCCCAAUCCUAUGGCCAUGACUGCUGAACCUGACAGGCGUGUGGAGAGUCCACUGUGACCUAGUCCCCCCAUCAGGCCACACUGCUGCCACCUCUCACACGCCCCAACCCAGCUUCCCUUUGCUGUGCCACAGCUGUUGCUUCGGUUAUUUAAAUAAAAAGAAAGUGGAACUGGAACUGACA